UCACACCGAAACAGCCUAGAUGCAUAGCGAUAAAAUCAAGCUAUGAUAGCAGCGCAUGUCACAAUUGCACGAGGCUUAUAAUGAUUCUCAGAGAAGCAAAUACUUUUAAAGAUAAGAUAGGUGUAUUGCGCCCGAAAGGAAAUGGUUUUGUAUAUAAGUAUAUCAGUAUUCCAACGCCCAGGCAGUGUCCAGUACGAUAUAUUAUAGAGAGAUCAAGUUUCUUCGCUUUGCCAUGUGUCUUAUUGCUUUUUUACUCGAUUAAAUUGAUCUAUACUGCCAUUUUACAUCGAGGUUCUUAGAAUUAUCACAGUUUUGUGUGACGAUUUUCACAAUCUUAUCUGCCUCUCCGUCGCCAUUGUACAUCUAACGAUUUUUCACAAGAUCAGCGUACAAUGGAGCAAAACUCCACAGACGCCGAGGCAAAGGAAUCCACUUUGGCAUCCGUGGAAGCCGUGAAACAGGAGCUCCUAUAUCAGCUCGAGGAGAACAUGAACCAGACCUCGGACCAAGCGCAACAAGUGUCAACAGAAAACCCGAGCGCGUCACCUCGCACAAAGCGCAGCAUUAUUAGCCCUCCAGCUCGACUGAACAAAGACGGUACUUUUCGGUAUCGUCGAGACGCUCGAGGCAUCCUGCGUCGAGUUUACAACUGAAUUUGUGCAGUCGAAGAGAAAUUCAAUUUUUAAAGUUUAUUUCUCCUUUCCAUGACAAAGGUUGAUCUGGUGCAGUUGGUGACGAUUUGUUUUAUCGAAUAAAGGCAAUGCUACUGAUAGUAUUCACGCUGUUUUAAAAAUAGAUUUUGAAAAUCAUCUCUUUUUAUACCACCAAAGAAGUUGCGAUUUCCGCGAGAAUAGAAGACAAUUUUAAAUCCAUCGUAUGUGAACAAUUCUUAUAAUAAGCACGUGUCACGGGUUGGAUAAAGCAGAUUUUGCGCUUCGAUUUUUCACCAUGGUUUUUCCUGCUGCUCUCGAGUGGCUCGAGUAAAAAGUGAAUUAUAUAACGAUAAUCGCAGUGAUAAGGUGCUACCAGUUCGCAUAAAAAUGUGAGAACGGAUGUACGAAGGCGAGAUACACCGCCGCGAGUACUUCCAAUAGACGCAGCUCUGACGGAAUUAUCCUUAGGAUUAGAAACUGCGAAUGGGGGAGAAAGCGAGCGCGCGAGUUUACAGGGGUCGCGUCGCUUAAAGCAAAAAAUGCACCGAUAAGUAACCAGGGAGGGGGUUAAAUGCGCAGGCAUACGAGCGUCGAGUCGCAUAUAAAGUAAAAAAAAAAGCGAAAGCGGGAUAAAUUUUCCGAUCUCUCGGACGCGCUUUGUGGACAAGGCGUCGAUAAAGUCCGAGGGCCCAAGCGCGGGGCGAGCAAGUGUCAAUGCGUGCUGCAGUCAGUCGAGCGGUACGAACGACUACUUACCAGAGGACAUCCUGCGAUCCGACUCAUUCUCGCCCGAGAUCUUGAUCAGUUCAGACCUGCCCUUCAGCUCUCGUGGAUUUUCAAUCCUAUUGUGUGUACAUACUUUCGCAAUCAUGAGUUACAACAACCCUACCACUUCCCAGAAGCACAGGGAUUUCACUUCCGAGCCGAUGCGGAACAAGAGCGUCAACGCCCUGCCCGGCGUAGGUGGUGUGCUUGGAGAACGCUUGAAGACAUCCGGCUAUUCCAAGGCCAAGAAUGUCCUGGGAGAGUACUUGGUACGCGACGAAAACAAAGCUAGCUUCCAAGGAUGGAUGAAGGACCAAGUCGGCGCCAACCAAAAGCAGUCGGGCGAUACCUACAACAGCCUCCAGGAAUACCAACGCAAUUUCCUUUAAGCAUCGAAUCAAAUGUCCUUUUAUAUUAUCUUUUUUAAACUCAGCUUCUAUGCAUCUUGAUGUACGAUCGAUAUGUCGUAGCUUUAUAUCUUACAUUACUAUUUUCAAAUAAAAAAAAAAAAUCAUAUGGAUUAUUAUA